ACAUCGUGCCGACGAGCGUGUCAUGGCGUCGUGUCACACAACCGCUUAACACUUGCACGACAGGUUUACCUCGGAUGUGAAAAUCAUAAGUAAACUCGGUUGAAAUACGCCCGACAAAAGAUAACCGGUGGGUCGAUGAACAUGAGGGAUAAACGCAGCUGGCCUCGUGCGAAAGGGAUCAUCGUCGUAACAAUAUCGAAGGUGACUUAAUGCGGACUUGAUAUAUACUAUACGCUUGCAAACUAGGCUGGGCCUAUUUUGCAGAAAAUGGCUGCGAACUGUUCGCAAAAACGAGUGAUUAACAAUUUCACGUAACCUGUGUAGUAUCGGAACGCCGAGGAGGACAGGAACGACGACCGGCGUCACGAUGAUGACCGAAAUGUGAACAAGUGUUGUACUAUUAACGGAGCGAGAAGGGCGAUGACAGUGUGUUAAGUGGUGCAUUAUUGUGAUUUAGCGAUGAUGAAAAGUGUUACGGCGUGCAAGACGACGGCUCUGCUGGUUGCGCUGGUGCUCGCGUGUUUACUUCAAACAUGCCUCGUGAAUGGUCUGAAGUGCCACUGCGACUACUGCAAAGAUACGAAUUACACGUGCGAGACAGACGGGUACUGCUUUGCAAGUACAAGUCUAGAAAAUGGCGUGAAAACGUAUGCCUACAGGUGUUACAAUAAGACAAUUAUCUUCCCGGACCCGAAGUACCCGAUUUGGUGUAAUUCGGCGAACGAUGGUGUCUCCGUAGUAUUCUGCUGCAACGACGCGGACUUCUGCAACCUCAAUGUCAAGCCCUCUUUUCCCCCUGAGCCAAAAACAUCCUCGACAUACGUCACUAGCACCCCUCUCAAUGGAGCUUCUCCACCCGAAGAUAACGGACCAUGGGCUGCUUGGAAGAUGGCGUUGAUGAUCGCCUUCCCGAUAUGCGUCAUCUGCGCCCUUGUGAUGACGGCAUACCACAUCCAGGUCACCAGAAAACGGCCUCCGCGGCACUUCACCGAGGAUUCUCUUGGUGCCCCGGACCAGCCGAUACUCAGCGCCGUCUCCAUCAGGGACAUGAUCGAGAUGACGACCAGUGGCAGUGGCUCCGUAGGGCUGCCGCUUCUGGUUCAGCGGAGUAUCGCGCGCCAGAUCCAGCUUGUAGAAACGAUCGGUAAAGGUCGGUUUGGUGAGGUCUGGCGCGGCCGAUGGAGAGGCGAGAACGUCGCCGUAAAGAUAUUCAGCUCACGCGAGGAACGAUCCUGGUUCAGAGAGGCUGAAAUAUAUCAGACAGUUAUGCUUAGGCACGACAAUAUUCUCGGCUUCAUCGCAGCCGACAACAAAGACAAUGGUACGUGGACCCAGCUCUGGCUGAUAACGGACUAUCACGAGAAAGGUUCCCUCUUCGAUUACCUCAACCGUUCGACGGUCGACACGAAUGGGAUGAUCCGAAUGGCUCUCUCGAUCGCAACGGGCUUGGCCCACCUGCACAUGGAGAUCGUGGGUACGCAGGGGAAACCCGCGAUCGCGCAUCGAGACCUGAAGUCCAAGAACGUCCUCGUCAAGACGAACGGCACUUGUGCCAUCGGUGACCUGGGACUCGCCGUUCGGCAUGAUGUGAUCACCGACACCGUCGACAUCCAGCUCAACAACAGGGUCGGGACGAAGCGGUACAUGGCGCCGGAAAUCCUCGAGGAGACGAUAAACAUGAAUCACUUCGACUCCUUCAAGAGGGCGGACGUUUAUGCUCUGGGGCUGAUACUAUGGGAGAUCGCUAGACGGUGUAACGUGGGUGGAAUGCACGACGAGUAUCAACUUCCGUUUUACGAUUUGGUACCGUCGGAUCCGACCAUUGAGGAGAUGCGGAAGGUUGUAUGCGGUGAAAGGCAAAGGCCCUCUAUUCCCACGAGGUGGCAAUCGAUCGAGGCGCUCCGGGUAAUGACGAAAGUGAUGAAGGAAUGCUGGUACCAAAACGCGGCUGCCAGGCUGACCGCACUCAGGAUUAAAAAGUCAAUAGCCAGCUAUUGCACAAUUGAAGACAUCAAGUAAAUAAUAAUUGUAUGAAGAAGAAAGAAAUAAGUGACUAAAGUACCUUUACGAUUGACCAGAUACUGCGUGAAACUACUAAAAAAAAAAAAACAAAAAACAAAUUGACACAGUGGUUUUCCUAAAUCAUGUGACAUUUCUAAUUGGUUCUUUAUUUUAACACUGAUUGGGUGUUGAGUGGAUGUACAUUUUUUUUAAGGAUAUUACUUCCCACGGCAAGAUGAAGAAAGAAGAUGGAGAGAAAAUGUGGUCAUUUGAGUACACGAGUAACAUCGAUGAUGUGGGGAAAAAGUCGGUCUUCCGUUUGAUAAACGAACGGUGUAUAUUACUAAUAGAAUAGGAACUGGUAUAAUUAUUAUCACGAGCUGAUUUAGGAUAGUUUUUGUCAUUUGAUGGGGUCUUGACCUAAACUGGUGCCCAAGACUUUGACGAGAGGCUGUUAUUUUCAAGAGAAUUUCAACCAAAAAUGAAUAGGUUCGAAGACAAAUGUGGUGGCAGAAGCUAGAACUUCGAAGGGAAUAUUGAACUAAAAUUCCUUGGAUUAGACUGGCAAGUCCUCGGUAGAUUGAGGUAGAUCGUGGUCGUGGCACGUGGUUUCACCUCCGAAAAGAUGCGUCCUAAGAUAUUUCGGACAUCGAUACUGGCGCACAUUUACAUGGCGCAAGGCUGUCAAUUGAGGAAAGUAGUAUACUAUACCAAGAUUGUCACGUGCAAAUGGUGACGCAGGUAAUUCAGGAAAUGUCGACGACGAUUUUUGCAUAUCCGUUGUCUUACUCUGAUGAAUAACAGAAGUAUUUUCUCUUUUACCGAUUGUGCUCUACUUUUUUAUACAAAGACUUCGGAACGCUAGAGAGAAAGAAAGGGGGAAAGUAUCUUUGGCGUUGACCGUGUUUGCAUCUAUUACGAGCAAAUUGAAAUUGAAGACUGCUUGAAGAUUGCCAGAGAGAAAUAUAGAGUGACAAAGAGGGAACAAGAUUGAGAAUGAUGGAAAAAAAUUUAGUUUUCUUUAAUAAGUAAAUAACGUAUAUUUUUUAGAAUACUUUAUUUUUUAGGAAUUUUUUUGAUAAUCGGUAAAUUGUGGUUCCGAAAAAUUAAGUAUUGGGUUAAAUAAAAUAAGUUUUCCUUGCCAAACAGGACAAGGGAACUCACUUUCGAUUGAUACAAUUAAAAUUAGUCUAUUUCUGUUGUCUGCUCGCUUGGAUGUACGGUAUACUAUAUCGUGAUUCUCGGAGAGAAUGUGGUUCACGGAAACAGAUCUAAAUGGGUAACGACAACAUUAUAAUAACGAGAUAAAAUAACGGCCGCUAUCGGAAAUAAAUUCAUCUAUAAUAAACAGCUGAACGUGAUUCUUGACGAAAGGUGUAAAUAUUUGAGAGAGACAAGACAAAGGUAGAGGUAAUUUCUAGAAAUAUGAGAAAUAGAUAUAUUACAUAUGUAUAAUUCUAUACAUACAUACAUGCAUAUAUACUCAUAUAUCUAUCCAAGUAAAUAAUCUGUCAUUCUGCACUUACAAGAUAUCACAUAUGUAUAUAUAUUGUGUGUGUGUGUGUGGGGGGGGGGGGGGGUGCAUGCGCGCGUGUGAGCGUGGGUGAGAGAGGGUGUAAGAGAGAGAGGGAGAGGGAGAGAGAGUGCAUGUGUGUGUCUUUGUAUAAAUCGUAGCCGCAACAAUAUCUUACACAAACGGAAUGAAUAAUCUUUGUCAUCCAAUAGUCAAGUUAAAGUCUGCAAUAUCACAAUGGAACCUAAAGUACUGGAAACCUAGAAAACAAUAUCAUAUUUUUAUACCAUUAAUUUCUUGUCUUAACCGUUGUUUUAUGUUUUUUCACACAAGAAACGGGGCCCAGCGAAUUUUCCAUCGACACAUUGUGCUCUUAGCUUCGCUUAGUUGAAGAUUGAUUUGAAUUCGGGCAGGCUGUUCGAUCGUUUGAAAG